UAUGGCUUCCUUCUCGUAGUGAUGGAGGCACAUCGUUGACAACAAAACAAACCUGCAACUCUACUCAUUUAUUGGUACACUGACACAAGUUGGAUUUAGGAUGCAGAAGAUCAAGUCUCUUAUGGCCCGGCAGGGCCUGAAAAGCCCCCAGGAAAGCAUGGCAGACCUCAGUCCUGUGGAGAACCUGAGGAUCCCGAGCAAGGAGGAGUUGCGGGAGCUGAGGGAGCAACCCAUCGACCCCCAGGCGGAGCAGGAGAUCAUCGACAGCAUCGAGGAGGUGUACUUCUCUAACGACUCCUUCGACAUGGUACAGCACGAACUGGAGAAACUCCCACCAGAGCUGAACCUGCAGGAGCUGGAGGAGUACAGAGACAAGCUGAAGAGACAACAGGCAGCAGUUUCGAAAAAGGUCGCCGAUCUCAUUCUGGAGAAACAGCCUGCGUAUGUCAAGGAGCUGGAGCGAGUGACAGCGUUGCAGACUAACCUGCAACUGGCAGCAGUCAUUUGCACUAAUGCAAGGAGGCAACUGAGCGUGGCGAAGGAGGGAUUCACAGAAGCCAGCCUGGGUCUACUGGCCAAUCAGAGGAGACGACAGCUGCUGACAGGCCUGCUAAAGUCACUGAGGACCAUCAAGACCCUGCAAAGAACAGACGUAAGACUCAGCGAGAUGCUUGAGGAGGAAGACUAUCCAGGUGCGAUCCAGCUCUGUCUGGAAUGUCAGAAGGCUGCCAGCACCUUCAAACACUACAGCUGCAUCAGCGAAUUGAAUUCCAAACUACAAGACACUCUGGAGCAAAUAGAGGAACAGCUUGAUGUUGCCCUGUCGAAGACUUGUAAGCACUUUGAUGUUUCGCACUACACCAAGGUCCAGCUGGCCUACACGCUCCUGGGCAAGACACAGACUGCUAUGGACCAGCUGCACAUGCACUUCACCCAGGCCAUCCACAACACCGUGUUCCAAGUGGUGCUGGGAUAUGUGGAGCUAUGUGCCGGCAAUGCUGAUACCAAGUUCCAGAAGAUGCAGUACAAGGACCUUUGCACGCAUAUUACCUUGGACAGCUACAUUCCCUGCCUGACAGACCUGUGCAAGGCAUUGUGGGAGGUGAUGCUGAGCUACCACCGUACGAUGCAGUGGCACGAGGAGCAUGACAAACAGGAGGCCUCACCCACUCCAGGCGACGCAGCGGCAGCGGACUCUGACGAGUCGGUGGUGGACCGCAGCUACGUGAAGAAGAAGCUGGAGCAUGGGCUGACACGGAUCUGGCAGGAUGUCCAGCUGAAAGUGAAGGCCUACAUCCUGGGGACAGACAUGUCUAACUUCAAAUACGACGAUUUCAUAGUAGUGCUGGAUGUCAUCAGCAGGCUGAUGCAGGUGGGCGAGGAGUUCUGUGGCAGCAAGUCCGAGGUUCUGCAGGAGUCCAUCAAACGCCAGAGUGUCAACUACUUUAAAAACUAUCACAGGGCACGACUGGAAGAGCUGAGGAUGUUUCUGGAAAAUGAGACUUGGGAACUGUGCCCGGUCAAGUCUAACUUCAACAUCGCCCAGCUCCAUGAGUUUAAGUUCAUGGGCCAGUGUCGUUCCCCGUCCGUUUCCCCAAGCAGACAGGCCGUGUCCUCAGCCAGCCCGGUUCAGGAGGAGCUGUCUCUGUUCCAGCUGUACCUUCAGGAGGGAAACCCCUUUGAAAUGCACGCUGAGCACAGAGAGGAGGAGACAGAGGAUGUGCUGGCAUCUAACGGGUAUGAGUCAGACGAGCUGGAGAAGAGCGUGUAUCAAGAUUACGACAGCGACAGCGACGUCCCCGAGGAGCUCAAGCAGGACUACGUUGAUGAGCAGACGGGCGAUGCCCCCCUCAAGAGUGUGUCCCGGGAGACCAUAAGAAGCAAGAAAAAGUCAGACUACAACCUAAAUAAGACCAACGCCCCAAUCCUCACCAAUACCACCCUCAACGUCAUCCGGCUUGUCGGGAAGUACAUGCAGAUGAUGAACAUUCUGAAGCCGAUCGCCUUCGAUGUCAUCCACUGUGUGUCGCAGCUCUUCGACUAUUACCUGUACGCUGUCUACACCUUCUUUGGACGCAAUGACAUGUAUGAGUCAUCGGGCCUGGGCCUUAUCAGCAGCAGACUGAGAACCACACUGAACCGGAUCCAGGAGAGUCUCAUUGACAUGGAGGCAGUGGGGGAGAAUGCAGGAGUCCAUGGUCCAGCAGAGGACAGGAAGGAGAAGGUCCCCAGCCCCCAUCUCAGCCAACUGGUGGUCCUCACUAACAGUGGGACUCUCUACGGGCUAGCACAGAGGGUGGUGGCCACUGAGUCUCUUGUGUUUCUGGCCGAACAGUUUGAAUCCCUCCAGUCCCACCUGGACACAAUGAUGCCUGCAGCCAAGAAGCCCUUCCUGCAACAGUUUUAUUCCCAGACGGUGUCUACAGCCAGUGAGCUCCGGAAGCCGAUAUACUGGAUUGUUGCAGCCAAAGCCAUCGACUACGAGCAAAUGUUGCUCCUGAUGGCCGGAGUUAAAUGGGACAUUAGGGAGAUAAUGUCACAGCAUAAUGUAUAUGUGGACGUCCUGCUAAAGGAGUUCGAGCAAUUUAAUAAGCGGCUGGGAGAUGUUUCCAGACAUGUGCGCAUCCCGCUGCCUGUGUCCAACGUCCUGUGGGAGCACUGCAUCCGCCUGGCCAACAGGACCCUUGUUGAAGGCUACGCUAACGUGAAGAAAUGCAGCAACGAGGGCCGGGCCCUGAUGCAGCUGGACUUCCAGCAGUUCCUCAUGAAGCUGGAGAAGCUGACCGACCUGCGACCCAUCCCUGACAAAGAGUUUGUCGAGACCUACAUCAAAGCCUAUUACCUGACGGAGAAUGACAUGGAGCAGUUCAUCAAGAAUCACAGGGAGUACUCCAUGAAGCAGCUCGCCAACUUGGUGAACGUUUGUCUGGGCUCGCAUAUAAACAAGAAGGCUCGUCAGAAACUUCUGGCGGCCAUCGAUGACAUUGACAGACCCAAGAGAUAAACUGAUGACCAGAGCAGACCCUGAACGCAUCAACCAGCCACAGAGAUGGACACUCCCACAGUGGAGCUCAGAAUGUCUUCAUUUUCAGUUUAGAGCAUUCACGUUGUGGUUCCGUACAUACAGAAGUAGAGCCGCUGUAUACGUCAAUUUAAAGCUCAUAUGUUAGCCAAAUGCUAAUUAUCUGUAAAUGCACAGUCCUUAUGUGGUCAAAAACAAACUACCACUUGUUGAAUGCACCUCAUAUCAUGCUGAUGGACAUAAAUACUAAAGCGCUCACUGUCAAGCAUGCUGCAGUUACACUGUGCAUACAGUAGAUAUGCCGUAAUGCAUGCCCUCACAUUUUCAUUGAACAAACCUGCCGCUUAUGAAGCUUUUCUGCAAAUUGUCCGCAACCACAGCAAUUUCCAUCUCUUCAGUGACCACGAGGAUCAGAUCUCGAGUAUGUUUUUCAGACCACAAAUACAAGAACUUACAGCGCAAUGUGAAGUGUAGCUCGACCAUGUGCUCACAAACAGCUCCCACCUGGAAGUUAAAGAAAACAAUGACAUGGACAUUUAUAAGUUGCUAAAUUUGAUGGUUGUGUAAUUUUGUUUGGUAGAUACGUCCCAAUUACAGAUUCAAGAACAGUCUUUAGUAGUUACAAACAUCUGCUAUCUAAUAUGAGGCCUGGUCACAUGGAAUGUGCCCCCUGAUGGAGAUGCAGUGGGUCAGUUUUCACUUUAAUCAUGACUAAUGAUUCCAGCCCAUGUGUGAUUGGUGUAUUAUUUCACUUCAGGGUAUUUGUUGUGCCUGACUGGAUGCCUCUUUGUUUUGUUUGUUUUGUCCAUGAAUGACAUAAAUCUAAUAUAAUAAAGAUUCUGAAAAUAAUAUAAUUUGCUGUAGUUAGCGGUAACAUGAAGUCUGCCUGCACCAGCUGCAUUUGAUCGUUUGCAGUUCGUCGUAUCUCUUUUUGUCCUGGGGUGUGUUUCUGAAAGUCUUUGUGAAAGUGCUUCUCUUCAGUCUCCUGUCUUUUUGCUGAGCAGAGAAAUGUCGGUUUAUUUUAUCUGUUUUGGAGGUUUGUGCAGUCAGGCAUUGUCUCAUGAGUUGGUAGCUGAGCUGUGUCAGCCACAGAGCUUUCCUGCAAAGCUUUAAGGCCCCUCCAGUCAUCUCUUAGUCUUGAUUAGACCUAUUUACUUGAUUUACUGUAAAAAAAAGAAAAAAAAUGAAGUUAAAGUUUUUGAUACUUCAUAUUUUGUGUGCAACUAUUCCAAGAAGAAUACUGUAAAUGUGAAUGUUCUGAACAAUGUCUGUAUUUAUUUCUUGCUUCGUGUCUUGUUUGGGUUUUUAUAUGAUAAUUGCAGGAAGUGUGCUGUCAUCUAUCACCUCUCAGUAUCUAGUAACUUAUCAACUGAAGCUAAUACAAAUAUUUAAAGUGCACUAUAGUGAAAAUCAGUAAUCAGUGUUGGAACUGUCGGUUGAACCAAAAUGAUUCUAACAUAAUAAACACACUAAUAAUGGAUCUGUUUUGUCUU